AUGCUUUCGUCGCUCGGUUCGUAUAUUUGGUCAACUUCGGAUUCAUUGGAAAGACCUCUUUCCGAAGUGUCGUUCGCUAUCAAUGGCAAGGUUUACACAGCUAACGCUGAAGACGUUCCGCUGGACACGUCGUUGAAUUCAUACAUUCGCAACUAUGCUUAUCUCUCUGGUACGAAAUUCAUGUGUCUCGAGGGAGGAUGCGGCACUUGCAUCGUCAACGUGUGCGGAGUGCAUCCCGUCACCAAGGAGACCCGUUCCUGGUCCGUCAACUCGUGCCUUUUUCCCAUAUUUUCCUGCCAUGGUAUGAGCAUCAAAACGGUCGAGGCAUUGGGCAACAGAAAGGACGGGUACCAUCCGAUACAGGAGCGGUUGGCGCACAUGAACGGGAGCCAGUGUGGGUUCUGCUCACCAGGCAUGGUGAUGACCAUGUACAGCCUGAUGGAAGCCAAGAAGGGGACUAUUACGAUUCAAGACGUCGAGAACUCGCUCGGUGGCAACAUCUGCCGUUGCACUGGCUAUCGUCCGAUUCUUGAUGCGUUCAAGUCACUCGCAUCCGAAGCAUCCGAGAUCGAGCUGCCCGACAUAGAGGAGCUGCAGAUAUGUCCGAAAACGAACGCCGUGUGUUCAACACACAGCCCUGAUGCUACAAACCUUAUCACUGCAUCGUCACCAGUGCAUCUCGUGUUCAGCGAUGAUAGGGAAUGGCAUAAAGUCUACACCAUUGCAGAAAUAUUUUCCAUAUUCGAUCAAAUUGGUCCCAAGCAAUACAUGCUCGUCGCUGGAAACACAGCGCAUGGUGUCUAUCGCCGUAGUGAAUCUCUGCAAGUAUUCAUCGACGUCAGUUCAGUGGAGGAUCUUCGAAAUUACUACCUCCGAUCGGCAGAGCUAGUUGUGGGUGCAAAUGUUACACUGACUGAGUUAAUCGAAAUAUUGAACAAAACGGCCACCAAACGACCCAGCUUCAGUUAUUGCCGAGACGUUGCUCUUCACCUGAGCCUUGUCGCUCAUCCUGCGGUGCGAAAUGUCGGUACGAUCGCCGGAAACCUCAGCAUUAAAAAUCAACAUCCAGAGUUUCCCUCCGAUCUCUACAUCCUACUCGAAGCCGUUGGUGCAAAAAUAGUUAUCGCCGAUUCCAUCUCAAAGAGCGCUGAAAAAUCCGCGCUGGAGUACUCUCAGAUGGAUAUGACCAAGAAACUUAUGAAAAUCAUAUCAUUCCCUGCGAUCAACUCGUUUACGACCGUAUUUCGCACUUACAAAGUUACUCCACGCUCACAAAACGCUCAUGCAUACGUAAAUGCCGCCUUUUUGCUGCAGUUUGGAAACGAUAAAGUUACUGUCAAAUCGGCCUCCCUCUGUUUUGGAGGCAUCACUCCUAAGUUCACACACGCCGCACAUACAGAACAAUUGCUAGUUGGCAAGAAGCUGUUCGAUAACACAACCGUCCAACAAGUUCUUAGCAGUCUCGCAUCGGAGCUUCAACCUGAUUGGAUAUUACCAGAUGCUUCGGCCGAGUAUCGCAAGGGACUCGCCAUAUCUCUUUUCUACAAAUUUAUACUCAACAUUGCAAUGGACAGAAGCAUCCCUAUCAACCCUAGGUUUCAAUCCGGCGCCACCAUGUUAGAGCGCACUGUAUCAUCUGGACAACAGCACUACGAUACGAUCAAGAAAAAUUGGCCCGUGACGCAAUACGUCCCGAAGCUAGAAGGAUUGGCCCAGGUCGUGGGUGAGGCGAAAUACACCAACGAUUUUCCACCAUUUCCAGGCGAACUGCAUGCAGCGUUUGUCGUAGCAACAAAGCCGAAUACUACCCUUGGGAAAAUAGAUCCUUCCGAAGCAUUAGCUCUUCCAGGAGUGAUUGCAUUCUACUCUGCAAAAGACAUUCCCGGUACGAAUAACUUCAUGUCAAACGCUAUGAAUUUCUUCUUCCCGGAUCCUGAGGAGAUAUUCUGCAGUGGACGCGUCAUGUACCACGGUCAACCUGUCGGAGUGAUCGUUGCAGAGCAUUUCGAUCAAGCCGUACGAGCAGCCAAGCAUGUGAAAAUUAUCUACGAACGAGUCUCCGACGAUCCAAUCUGUCCAACGCUAAAAGAUGUUUUGAAAAACCAAGUCAAGGAGCGCAUCGUUGAGCAUCUGCCCAGUAGCCGUGUAUGUUCGCAGGCGGAUGUUGAGGCCACGAAGACAAUUCAAGGAACUCUGGAAAUAUAUGGACAGUUUCAUUUCUCGAUGGAACCACAAACCUGCCUGUGUGUACCGAUCGAGGACGGUAUGGAUAUCUAUGCUGCAACGCAGUGGAUAGACUUAUGCCAAGUGGCGAUCGCAUCUGCCCUAAAAGUGCCGCAAAAUAGUCUUAAUUUCAUCGUCCGCCGCCUGGGAGGAGGCUUCGGUGCUAAACUGACACGUGCCAGCCUCAUUGCAUGUGCCUGUGCCUUAGCAGCACAUCUGACAAAGCGUCCAGUUCGUUUCGUCAUGACAAUUGAGGCCAACAUGGAUACGAUCGGGAAGCGAUACGGUUGCAUCAGUAACUACCAAGUGGACGUGGACACCAAGGGAAAGAUUCUCAAGCUAUUCAAUAAUUUCAUGCAAGACUAUGGCUCGAAUCUGAACGAAAACGUUGUCGAUGAUUCAAAGUAUGUUUUCGCGCUAUCCUACAUUUCCAAUACAUGGAAAGUCGAAGGAAAAGCCGUACUUACUGAUUCCGCAUCAAACACUUGGCAACGAGCUCCUGGGUCAACCGAAGGUAUUGCAAUGGUUGAAACGAUCAUGGAACACAUUGCAUGGGAAACUGGUGUCGAUCCAAUGCAGGUUCGGCUCAUCAACAUGCCACAAAAUAGUAAGUUACAGCAGCUUUUACCUCAAUUUCGACAAGACAUUGAAUUUGAUAAGCGGAAGAAAUCAAUCGAUGAUUUCAACAACAAAAAUCGUUGGCGCAAGCGAGGCAUCGCUAUUACUACGAUGCAGUUUCCACUGGUUCCUUUUGGGGCUUUACACGCGCAGGUAUCAAUUUAUGCAAAGGAUGGUACUGUGUCAAUCUCUCAUGGAGGAAUUGAAAUGGGACAAGGCAUCAACACAAAGGCAGCUCAGGUUGCUGCCUUCAUAUUAGGCAUACCCUUAGAGAAAAUUGCCAUCAAACCAACAAACAAUAUUACCUCUCCGAAUGCAUUGAUGAGCGGAGGAAGUGUAACGAGCGAAGUUGCAUGUUAUGCUGUAAAAGGAGCAUGCGAAAUUCUCAAUGCGCGUAUUCAACCCAUCAAGAACGAGUUCAAAAAUGCACCUUGGGAGAAGAUCACUCAGAUCUGUUACACAAGAGACAUCGAUCUCAGCGCUCUAUUCCAGUACAAGCAAGCAGACCUCAAGGCCUACAGCAUCUGGGGUGUGAGUUGUGCAGAGGUCGAGGUGGACAUUCUCACGGGAAACAUCCAGCUGAAGCGUGUAGACAUUCUGGAGGACACGGGCGAGAGUCUAAGCCCGGGGAUCGACGUCGGUCAGAUCGAGGGAGCAUUCGUGAUGGGCAUAGGAUACUGGCUAACGGAGUCGUUGGUCUAUGACAUGACCAGCGGUGCACUGUUGACGAACCGCUCCUGGAACUAUAAGCCCCCAGGAGCAAAGGACAUCCCGGUUGACUUCCGCAUCCGGUUGUUGCAAACCAGUGAUAAUCAAUUCGGAGUUCUGCGUUCUAAGGCAACGGGAGAACCGGCGAUGACCAUGAGCAUAGUUGUGGUGUUUGCUCUCCGGUAUGCUCUGCGAUCGGCACAAAAGGAUGCAGGAAGACCGGAUAAUUGGAUUCCGCUUGGAUCUGCAUCGACUCCUGAGCAAAUAUUUCUCAAGGCAUCGAAUGCGAUACAACAAUAUAGGUUGAACUAA